UUUGCGCAGGCGCCGCGCCGCCGCGGGUGGGCGGAACUGGCCGGGAUGAGUGGCGGUGGGACGGAGACCCCGGUGGGUUGCGAGGCCCCCCCGGGCGGCGGCGGCAAGAAGAAGGACUCGCUGGGGACCGCGGGGUCGCCAGCGCACCUCAUUAUCAAGGAUCUUGGAGAAAUUCAUUCAAGGCUGUUAGAUCACAGACCAGUCAUCCAAGGUGAAACCCGUUAUUUUGUGAAAGAGUUUGAAGAAAAACGUGGUCUUCGAGAAAUGCGAGUUCUUGAAAAUUUGAAGAAUAUGAUCCGAGAAACAAACGAGCACACCCUCCCCUCGUGUAGGGAGACGAUGCAGGACAGCUUCAGCCGGGUUCUGCAGAGACUGCAAGCAGCUACUGACUCCGUCUGUAGACUCCAACAGAGGGAACAGGAGCGUAAAAAGAUGAAUAAUGACCAUUUACUAGCUAGUGAGAAACAGCAUAUAAUGCAAUGGGAGGACUUCAUGAAAGAACAGCGCAGCAAACAGGCCGAAGCGGAUGAAGCGCACCAAAGAGCCGUGGAGAGGCUGAAGGAGCAGCACGCUGCGAUGGAGAAGGACCUGGCCAAACUUUCAACCUUUUGAGAACUUGAACCUCAACAAUGACAGACUAGUGAGAAAACAUUGACUUCCCCCAAAGACUGCUCCCGCCAAACCAUUUAGCCUCUGCUUCAAGUUUAGCAAUACAUUCUGUGGCGCUCUCCUGUCAGAAGAAAGACACUUCCCCCGGAGUCCUAACUUCCCCAGCAGAGUGCCGCACCUUUCCAGCUUCAAGUGCCUCUACCUGAUGAUUUGAGUGGGGAGGAGCAGGAGGACAGUGGUGUGAGUGUGCUCUCUGUUAAGGAGGGUUGGUGUUAGUUUCCUCUGAUUAUCUCGGAGAGCUGUGAGUACAGACUUCCAGAGAAGUGGUUUAACUCAUGGUUCACGUGAGUCUGUGAUUGUGGCCCAGAAGGCAGGUACGGUGGUUCCCUGGCUCUUGGAGGGAGCAGAGAUCACAGUGAAGAGAGAGGAGAGUCAGAACUUUGCCUCUGCUCUGCAAAGAGGGCCGCGCUGGUCUCUGAGCAUAAGGCAGCGCAAGGCCGUGUUUCACUGGAUGACAAGACAUGCUUGUUAAGUCUGUGGCCUUCCAGCACUUCACAUUUCCAGCUUUUAAAACAUACUUACAAGGAAAAGCUUACCAAAAAUACAGUUGACUUUUAACCUUUCCAAGAACCAUAAUCUUGCCCAUAGAUUUACCUCAUUUUUAUGUCUGUUUUGCUGUGGGUAAGCUUUGUAAGAUAAAUAAUGUCUGUACAUGUUCUAACUGUUUAAUGAGUAAUCAGCAGAACUUGCCAGGGCCUCCCUCUGGAACCAUAUAAAGACUCUGGCUCUGAGUAAACCAGAAGUAUUUGCCCACACGGCAAAUGAUCCAUGUUAAAUGUAAAUCCUUUUUAGUGUUUAACGUCUGUUCUCAUAAGCAGGUGUAUUAUGGUGAAACACGUCCCAGUUCUGUCAUCACUGUGAUCUUUAAAAAUCUGCAUUUAACAAUCUAAUUGAGGAGCUAAGUUGGUUUUUUAUUUGCCAUAAACCAAGCAAAAUUAAAUGCAAUAAUUCCAAGAGAUUUAUGGCAAAUGAAUUUGAGGUAUGGCUGAAUCUUUCAGGUAUUUUUUUAAAAUUGCUCUUCAGUAAAGAAAGGCACAAGAAAGAAAACACUUACCUCUCAUGUUAUCUCAGUGUUGCUACUGCAGAGAAGUGACAAUGCUUGCUUGUGUAAAUUUAUGGCCUACUGUCAAAGCUUCAUUCUUGGCUGCAUGUUGAAAAUGUGAUUAAAGUUAAUAGAGGAGAUGAAAUAAGUAUUUGCGAUUUCUUUCAAUAACACUGAACUUGUGCCAGCUCCCUCUGUCUGCUCCUGUAGGCUUGGCAGGUCCAUCCAUCAUCCCCGGUACCUGGACGAAAAAGAGCACUUGCUGACACUCAGGCACGUUGGAAUUUUCUUAAUUCUCUUUCAGUGGACGGAAAAAGAAAACAUACUUCCAAAAAUAUCCCACACGUGAAAAGGGAGGGAAGCCCUAAAUGAAAAUCCCCUUUGUGCUGUAGCAGCUUUGGGAGGGCUAUGAAUUGCCACUGCGCCACUGCACAGACGCUGGAACCGGGGAAUCAGGACUGCGUGAGUAGGAAUGGUUCCUCGGCCUGUGUGGAGAUUUUUGACAGUGUUUGUUCAUCUCAUAUGAAUAAUAAAUACUUUACCCUAUGAGUUUCUAUUUAUUACAUAAGGAUCUAAGGGACUUCUUAAAUAAUCCAAAAUGAUUUAAUGGACUUGUUGAGCUUUAAACAUUGAUACUAAAUUCUUCCUUUGUAACUUUCUCAGCUGUUCAAUAUAGCUUCUAAAAGACAUGGUUGGUUUUCUUUCCCUUUAAAAGUAUUUUCAGUAGUGAACACUUUCACUUAUAUUUCCCACUUUCUACAUCUCUUUUGAUACGUAUUUUACUUAUAUGUAAAAAUUAGCUUUAGGAGUCACAUAAUGUACAGCAUUUCUGCUGUCAUGCUGUCGAGCAGAGAGAAUAUGCAUUCCAUGUGGCUCACGGGAUUCGUUUCCAAUGACCAAACAAAAUAUGUUUUCUCAAUUUAAAGUGCGAUAGAAAUAUUUGUUUUUAAAUUCUAAGUAUUUUUUUCAUCAUGAUUUCUUUCUUGACUUACAUAUGUGGGUGUUUUCUUUCAUUUCCUAACAUGCAGAUUUUUCAGUUCUGUUCUUAUUAUUGAUUUCUGCUUUCAUUGGACUGUGGUCCAAGAAUAGAUUCAUAUAAGACUGAGAGGUUAAAAUUUGUUGAGAUUUGCCAUCUGACCUAAAAUAUGGUCAGUUUUUGUAAAUGUUUUGUUAGUGCUUGAAAGCAUGCGUACUUGCCAACUGUUGGGUGUUCGUUAGACUAAACUUGUUAAUUGCAUUGGUCAUAUUGUCUCUAUUUUACUGUCGUUUUUUUUCUUCUACUCGAUCUUUCAGAUUCUGCGAUGUGUUAAAAUUUCCUACUCUGGUGGAUUUUCUGAUUUCUCCCUGUAAUUCUGUUAAUUUUUGUUUCGUAUAUAUUGAAGCUUUGUUACUAGGUACAUACACAAUUAGAAUUGUUUAUCUUCUAAGUCUAGGAUUGAAUCCUAUGUUUGUAGUCACAGCCUCUAUUUCUAGUAAUGUUUUUAUAUCAUUUUAUAUUGCUUUAAAAUCCAUGUUUUUAAAAGAAAUAUUUAUAUAGGCCACAUCAGCUGGUUAAUAUUUCUAUGGUAUAUAUUUCUUUAUUCUUCUGUUGGACCUUUAUGUUUUCAUGUGCCCCUUAAAAACUGUAACUAGAUUUUCUUCUCUUUCUAUCUAAUUAUCUUUUAACUGGAGACUUUAAUCCAUUUACAUUUGUUGAAAUUACUAAUAUAUUAGGAUUUAUUUAUACAGUAAGUCCCCUACAUACGAACCUUCAAAUUGCAAAUUUUCAAAGAUGCGAACCUACAUUCGCGUGCCCAGUCACAUAAGUUAGUUCAUGUGUCUUUCAUACAUUGAACUCCUUGCUGUGCAACACGAGGAGCUUACAAGUGAAGACCUGAUGGAAUUGGAGGCCCAGAGAAAGGAUGAAGAGAGACAAGAGGAAGUAACUGAAGCACAGAGGAGAUUCAUGAUGCAGGGGAUUUUCUUUAUUUGAGGAGGCAGUUAGUUUCUGAGGCACAGGACCCAAAUGUAGGACAGCACACAAAGGUUGCAGCAGCAGUUCAGGGUGCAGUCCAGUGCUACUGCGUCAUCUAUGACAAGAACAAAAAGAGCUACUACCCAGACAUCACUGGAUCAUUUUUUCAAGAGGGUAGUUAAAAUUGAACCUAGCAAGGAACCAGAACCUGUGCUGUCAACAUCAGGCAUGAGUGAAAUUGCAGUCUGCCCUUCGCUGUUACUGUUGACAGUCCUUCAGUUCUACCAUCUCCCACCUCCUCUCCCUCCUCCAGUCAGUAACUCUCCUUGCCUGUUCCCUUGAUGCCAGCCUGUGUGCCAGCUGUUGU